AUGGAGCAUUCUUCACCACUAGCUGCCAUGCAGCCGCCUUCGAUGAUGUUUGGCCGUUGUUUCGCAAACGAUGCUCCGAAAUUUCGAUCAUUGGGCGGGAUUGGUGGAUUUGGGCCCGGCAGCUUCAAUUUCAAGGACUUGUCUAUGAAGAAGCCUCCCACUUCGGAUUAUUUCCAUGUCAAACAAUUCACAGGUCCUUCUCCCGCCGCAAGUUUGGCUGCCGAUUUGUCUCAGAAUUUCCACAUCGACCAGAGCCCACAAUUGGCCACGCCUCGUCGAUCAUUGUUUUCAGCAAACAUAUUUGCAGGAACUGGACGUGACGAAAUGAUGACCACACCCCCAUUGCCGGCCUCUUCGCCCAUGACCGAUAUGAUGGAAACCUCCCCCCUUCCUCACAAACUUCCAUACACUAUUGCAACGACAAGUGUGGUGCUCCAGUCACCAACUCCAGAAUUGGACUCGUCUGCUAGCACUAGCACAGGGUCCUCCUUGCAGGCCUCGCCCAUGGAAGACGAUUCGCCUAUUAUGCCUCAAGACCGUAGACGCCCGCCACUUCUACGGCCGUCUUUGCUUCGCACCAAAUCCUAUUCCACGCAGACCGGAGCCAGCAGAACCGCCCCCGAAAGCCAAUGCCCCCCCUUUCAGUUCGGCAAUGGAACCAGUGGCUUGUCCAACUCAAUGUCUCUAGCCGACAUAUUCAAUGAGUCGUCGCCGCCACAGGAUCGGAUGAGCGUCAAAACAUCGUCUUCUAACUUGCUUGGUCCUCGUUUAAGACAACCAUUUUCUGGUCGUAGCAGUGGUUCUGCAUCUCCUGUGCCUAAUGCUGUCCGUAAGCACGCUACUGGAAAUCCUUUUAUGCGCCCACGAAAGCAGUGCAGAAGGUCCCUCAGUAUGUUUGAACAUCCAGAGGAUAUUGUACGUCAGAAGCAGCCGGAUGUGGUUCCUGAGCCGACUCUAGCAUCCAUCAUGGACGAAGAGCCUACACACACUCUUCAACUGCCGCAUUUUGUUCCUGCGGAUCAACCUGAUAGCCUGCCCCGUAUUGAAAAAGGUGUAUUGGUUGAUAUUUUCGAUGGAAAAUUCAAGGACCGAUACGAAAACGUGAUGAUUAUCGAUUGUCGAUUUGAAUAUGAAUACGAAGGCGGACACAUCAACGGGGCUGUUAAUUAUAACGACAAGGAGGUUUUGGCCAACAAACUCUUUGCAGACCCCAAGCCAGGCACAACUAUUAUUUUCCACUGCGAAUACUCUGCCCACCGGGCUCCCAUCAUGGCAUCCUUUAUCCGCCACAAGGACCGCGCGUUUAACAUUGAACGAUACCCCAACUUGACUUUUCCGGAAAUGUACAUUCUGGACGGAGGAUACAGUGCAUUCUUUGCACAACAUCGAUCUCUCUGCUAUCCCCAGAAUUAUGUGGAAAUGACAUCCAAGGAACACGAAUUUGCUUGCGAACGAGGGCUUGGAAGAGUCAAACAACGAUCAAAGUUUAUCCGCGCGCAGACAUUUGCUUUUGGACAGCAGUCUCCUCAGAUGGAAGACAGCCCGACAGGACGCUGCCGCAGCAGCAACAAUGACCGUGUUCGAGGACUAGAUUCGCCUUUUGAAGCGCCCGAAGCUGGACGCAUGCCCGGCCGUCGUAUGCUUUCCUACUGA